UCAUCUAUCAAGUAUUCCAUUAUACUUAAUCAGUUGAUCUCUCCUUUUAAUUAGCAAAAAUGGCAGAAGAGAAGCAUCACCAUCACCUCUUCCACCACCACAAGGAGGAAGAACAGCCUUCUGAAAUCGACUAUAAGAAAGAGGAGAAGCAUCACAAGCACGAAGAGCACUCCGGCGAGCUCGGCGCCCUUGCCGCUGGUGCUUUUGCUCUGCAUGAGAAACACAAGGCAAAGAAAGAUCCAGAGCACGCCCAUAAGCACAAGAUAGAGGAGGAAAUAGCAGCAGCAGCUGCUGUUGGUGCUGGCGGCUUCGCCUUCCAUGAGCAUCAUGAGAAGAAGGAAGCCAAAGAGGAGGAGAAGCAUCAUCACCACCACCUCUAAGGCUUCUGGCUUUAUCUAUCCAUAUAUCUAUUUCUAUGUGACUGUAUCACAAUAUAUAUCUAUAUACAAGUGCUGUAUUUGGGCAUGGUUUCCUUUGUAAUGUGUUAAGAACCGUACUAUCUAUGCUGUUGUGCAGUAUCUAUUAUGCUAUACCUUUCUGCUCUUGUUUGA